UCUUUUUAACAGUUCGCAUGAAGACAGGAAAGAGUUUAAAGCAACAAAAGAAGGCAUGGAGUUACUGCCAGUCUCUUCUUCCACACCAGUGUUUAUCAUCAUCCAUGGAUACACUGAGUCAUCCAUCAGACCCUGGGUAAUCAACCUCACUAAUGCUAUGUUGGACCACGAUGCAGUGUGUGUUGUUAUACUUGUAGACUACUGGGACAUGACAACCAUAUCCCGACCAUACAUGAUGAUCAAUGUCCGACACAUUGCAACUGUAACAGCAAGUAUGAUUGACCUGCUAGUUCUGGAGAAAGGUGUUAGGCUGAGCAACACACAUGUUCUGGGCUUCAGUUUAGGUGGAAGAAUUGCAGGACACGUUGGUGACAGAGUCCAGACAGGAACCAUUGGAAGAAUUACUGCUUACCGUGCAGUUCCUGGUGUAGAGAACCUGAAAUCACACGCAGAGAUCACUAACUUGUUUCCAUUGGGAUCCUCUUUACCUACGUGA